CCGCGGGAGGGAGGGCGGCGUAAGCGCAGACUUCAGACCGGUUUCUAGCCGAUACCGAGGAGGACGCCGGGUUAGUGAACCCCCCCUCAUAUCUAUUUGAUAAAGAACAACACCGGAUUGUGACGUUAACCCACCGGCACGACGAAUUCAAGCUCUCAACCUCUCACCGGAUUCAAGAGCAGCCGCGUCGAGGGGAAAGGACGGAGGCCGUUGUUCAACUUGGAGCUGUCAGUUUCACGGUAAGGGGCGACCGCGGGGAGAGCGCUUCCAGCCGAGGGGAACCCCAAGCGGCCCGGUUCCACAUCAGCGACCGAAGCCGGGGAGCGGGUUGCCGCGAAGCCGGGAGGAGCGGCGUGUCAGCCGGGGAGGACCCAUCGGGCGAGGUUUCAACCUGCGGAGGGAGAAGUGAUCACUGGGUGCCGGGUCAUCCGGACAGAGACCUCAUGAAUGGAAAUCGGAACAACAGGAGCCGUUGGAGCCCAAGCCCUCUUUUCGUUGCCACGGCGACCUGGCUAUGGCACCAUUGGGAAGCCCAUCAAGCUUCUGGCCAACUGCUUCCAGGUGGAUAUACCCAAGAUCGACGUCUAUCUGUAUGAGGUGGACAUCAAGCCCGAUAAAUGUCCUCGCCGGGUCAACAGGGAGGUGGUGGACUCCAUGGUCCAGCAUUUCAAGGUGACCAUCUUUGGCGACUGUCUGCCAGUUUACGAUGGGAAGAGAAGCCUCUACACUGCUACCCCGCUUCCUGUCGCCACCGGUGGGGUUGAUCUGGAUGUCACUCUGCCAGGUGAUGGUGGGAAGGACCGCCCAUUUAAAGUCACCAUUAAGUUUGUGUCGUUGGUCAGCUGGCACAUGCUGCACGAAGUCUUGACGGGACGCGCUGUGGCCGAGCCGGUUGACCUCGACAAACCCAUCAGCACCAACCCGGUUCACGCCGUGGAUGUCGUCCUUCGACACCUGCCCUCCAUGAAGUACACGCCUGUCGGACGAUCCUUCUUCUCCUCCCCAGAGGGCUACGACCACCCACUUGGCGGAGGAAGAGAGGUUUGGUUUGGCUUCCAUCAGUCAGUGCGGCCAGCCAUGUGGAAAAUGAUGCUCAACAUUGAUGUGUCAGCCACAGCUUUUUAUAAAGCCCAGCCAGUCAUCCAGUUCAUGUGUGAGGUCCUGGACAUUCACAACAUCGACGAGCAGCCACGCCCUCUCGCUGACUCCCACAGGGUCAAGUUCACCAAAGAGAUCAAAGGUCUGAAAGUGGAAGUGACACACUGUGGAACCAUGCGUAGGAAGUACAGAGUCUGCAAUGUGACACGACGCCCUGCCAGCCUCCAGACAUUUCCGUUGCAGCUCGAGAAUGGUCAGACAGUCGAACGCACGGUGGCGCAGUACUUCAGAGAGAAGUACAACCUGCAGCUGAAGUACCCCCACCUGCCUUGUCUGCAGGUGGGCCAGGAACAGAAACACACCUACCUGCCUCUGGAGGUGUGCAACAUUGUAGCCGGACAGCGCUGCAUUAAAAAACUAACAGAUAACCAGACGUCGACCAUGAUCAAAGCAACCGCUCGCUCUGCACCAGACAGACAGGAGGAGAUCAGCAGGCUGGUGAGGAGCGCAAACUACGAGGCCGACCCGUUCGUCCAGGAGUUUCAGUUCCGCGUGCGAGAUGAGAUGGCUCAGGUGACGGGCCGCGUCCUGCCGGCCCCCAUGCUGCAGUAUGGCGGCAGGGUGAGCUCUGAACAAUUUAUGCCCCAGCAGAUCAACCCUGCACUGUCGUUGCAGAACCGCACUGUGGCCACGCCGAGCCACGGGGUGUGGGACAUGAGGGGGAAGCAGUUUCACACCGGAGUGGAAAUCAAGAUGUGGGCCAUCGCCUGCUUCGCCACCCAGAGGCAGUGCAGAGAAGAGAUCCUCAAGAGCUUCACUGACCAGCUGCGUAAAAUCUCAAAGGAUGCUGGGAUGCCAAUCCAAGGCCAGCCAUGUUUCUGUAAAUACGCCCAGGGAGCUGACAGCGUCGAGCCGAUGUUCAGACACCUGAAGAACACCUACGGUGGGCUGCAGCUCAUCAUCGUGAUCCUGCCUGGGAAAACACCCGUCUAUGCUGAGGUGAAGCGGGUGGGUGACACCCUCCUUGGCAUGGCCACUCAGUGCGUGCAGGUGAAGAACGUAGUGAAGACGUCCCCUCAGACCCUCUCAAACCUCUGCCUCAAGAUCAACGUCAAACUGGGAGGAAUCAACAACAUCCUGGUUCCACACCAACGACCUUCAGUGUUCCAGCAGCCUGUCAUCUUCCUCGGGGCUGACGUCACUCAUCCUCCAGCAGGAGACGGGAAAAAGCCAUCUAUUGCAGCGGUGGUGGGCAGCAUGGAUGCCCACCCCAGCAGGUACUGUGCUACAGUGCGGGUCCAGAGGCCCAGACAGGAGGUCAUCCAGGACUUGGCCUCCAUGGUGCGAGAGCUCUUGAUCCAGUUCUACAAAUCGACUCGCUACAAGCCAACCAGGAUCAUCUUCUACAGAGACGGAGUGUCAGAGGGACAGUUCAGACAGGUGCUGUAUUAUGAGCUGCUGGCUAUCAGGGAGGCCUGCAUCAGUCUAGAGAAGGAUUACCAGCCGGGGAUUACUUACAUCGUCGUACAGAAACGCCAUCACACACGCCUCUUCUGUGCAGAUCGCAACGAGCGGGUUGGACGAAGUGGGAACAUUCCUGCCGGCACCACAGUGGACACAGACAUCACCCACCCAUAUGAGUUUGACUUUUACCUCUGCAGUCACGCUGGAAUCCAGGGUACGAGCCGGCCUUCCCACUACCACGUUCUGUGGGACGACAACUGUUUCACCGGCGAUGAGUUCCAGCUCCUCACCUACCAGCUGUGCCACACCUAUGUCCGCUGCACGCGCUCCGUCUCCAUCCCCGCACCGGCUUACUACGCCCACCUGGUGGCCUUCCGCGCUCGCUACCACCUGGUUGACAAAGAGCACGACAGUGCGGAGGGCAGCCACGUCUCAGGGCAGAGUAACGGCAGGGACCCCCAGGCGCUGGCCAAGGCAGUUCAGAUCCACCACGACACACUGAGGACCAUGUAUUUCGCCUGAACACCCCCAACCCUCCACUUGCCUCCAUCUUUCCCAGCCACUCAGCCAGUCUGCGCGUCCGAUUUCCACCAGCCACCUCGCCUCAUCGCCCACCACCACCAACACCCCGGGGUUGGUGAAGCAUCGGUCAGUGGGAACUCGCUAUGACGGCGGCUGCGACUGCGAGGCUGCGUAAGGAUGUAAUAAUAAGCCAGAGAGGAGUUACAGCCACAUUAUGCAAUUUGAAACCAGCCAAUCGUUUCUGUGCUCCCGCUCGUGCAUCUCUUUCUCACCUACAUCUCCUCUGCUGUAUUUAAAUCACAGUGGACUCUGCCGCGUUUUAAAAGCUCGCAAGUCACGUCCUCGCCUUCACGUUUCUGACAGCAGCUCAAAGUUUUAUUUUGCUGUUUUUUUUUUCUUUCUUUCUCGUGUGUUUUUAAAGAAUGGCGGAGCAGCAGGGAAAACAAAGACUGAUGAUUUAUUUGGUGCAUGGUUGGGCAUGAAGCAGAACCAGUGAGGACCUGACUUUCUCCGUAGCCUCAUGUUGAGCCUAAUGUUGCUGGUUUAUAAUAUAGACGUUUUUUUUUUUUUUUACAUGUUUGUGGGUUUUCAGCUUGUCUAGAUACAAUACUGUAUGUGUUAUUUCUCUGUCGAGCAAAUGUGUGAUUGCCAUGGCAACACAUUAGCUGAGUACGCUUGUAAACGGCAGGCUGCCUUAGCUUCUGUCUCCCUUUAAGCCAGUGGUUCCUCACAGUCGUUCAGCCAGACAGUAAGAAGCGUAACUCUGCACUCUACCAACACAGACACUGAAUGAAAUCUUAAUUAUUAUUAUUAUUUUUUUUUUUUGUAAACAAAGCCACGUACAGCCAUCGAUGAGGUAUUGUGUAUCGCUUGAUGCCUUACUGCGAGGCGAGGUGCGUAAAGAGGACUGGUAGAAUACAAUGCCAUGGCCACAAAAAAUGGACUAUUUUAAACUUCUCUUACUUAUAGUUCAGCUUGGUACAAAGUGUAAUACCAAACGUUUUCUUGUGUGUUUUAUUCCUCUUGCUAUUUAUGAGUUGUUUGUUUGUUCUCUUUUUAACUUAAAUUAACAUUCAUUUUCAGCAAUAGAGCAGAGUUAGACCCUUUAUAUCUUCUGACGACCAUAAAACCGUUUCUUUCUCUUUUUUUUUUUUACUUUUCCCACUUUUUACAUGAGGAACUGACCAAUGUAGUUGUCAAGAACUCCUUCAGUGCAAUAAGGUGUUAACACAGAGUGAGCGGGUUCAGUGGUGAAUGUUUUUUUUAGACGAGUAUUGGCGCAAACAUUGUUUAUGAGUGAGUUUUGGCAAGUGACCAUGAACUUGGAUUUGGGAAUGUACAGUAUUUUGACAUUCUUAUGAACUAGCGGGACUGAUGGCGCAGAUGUGAGCGUCAGUCGUGAAGUGUGAUGGAGGUUUCGGAGAGAUUAAACAAAGUGCCUGAUUUGGUUAGAGGGUGAACGGUUGGUUGGAUGGAAGGUUUUUAAUCGUAUGUUGGUUUCCGGGUGCCUCUGUUGAUGCAUUUAGUGAAAACGGUCUCCCUGGCGAACUGUAGAAACACUGCACUGCCCGACACACGGGGCUGGACUCGAGUUGAUCUCAACGCCAUGCCAAGUUGGUGUGAUUAUUCCUAAUGUUUUGGUUCCUCAUCAUCGGGAAAUAAUUACUUCCAUAUCGACUUGACACGCUUUGUUUCCUUGCGAUCGUAAAAUAUUCUGCGAUCAGAGUUGGACGAGCUUUUCUGGAGAUCAUAAAAAAAAAAGUGUUAUCAUCACACAAAAACACGUAACUGUGACAGAAUAACUGGUUUAUGAUCUCUCUCACAUUAUCACACAAUAAUUGUUUGAUCUUAAGAAAACAGAGUCGUGUCAUCACUUUAGUAAAAGCUUUUUUUUAAUAAUCUAAACGUACAUUCAGUGGCUACUUUGUUAGUUACACCUGUACAGUUAAUUCAAUCUAAUACAGCUUGAGUUGUCCAUAAAGCCCGCUGUUAGAAUUCCUAUAAUGCAGUUUAUUUGUGGAUUUAAACUAUAUGUUUCAUCAUUAAGGUCAGUCGUGGUGUCGUACUGGACUGUAACUGGGGACGGCAAAAGGUUAGACGCACCUUAAUAUAAUGUAGUCCAGUACAACACUUCCUUUAACUGUGACCUCAGUAAUAAAACCGAAUUGAGUUUAUACACUUCUGAUAUUAUAAAUUCCGUACAGACAGAUGUUACAGCAGGGCUGUUGUAUUACUGGACUGCGUUAGAUUGUACAGAUGUACCUAAAAGUGGACACUGAGUGUAGUUUUCUUCACUUUCUCUGGCCCUGCAGUCAUAAAUGUGAAUUUCUGAGCAGGCGUUUACAUCCAGCCACACGAAGGCAGAUACUGUCUACUCGGAUGUGUGUCCUCACUUGGUGCACUGAUAGGACUCGCUGUUUGCACUCAUUCAUAUUCAGAUGUCAGUCUUUAUCACCUAGCUUUGUUGCUUUUGUUUUCAGAGGAGGUCUGGGCUGGGUAUCUCCCCCAAAAAUGGUUUCACUACUUGAAAUUCAGCACAAAUUCUGAGUAGGGCUGCAACUAGCGGUCAUAUUGGUCUUCAAAUAAGCGUUUUUAUUCUCCAACAACCCGAGGAGCUGUGUCGGAUUUCUAGUUGUGUCCUACCAACCCAAAGACAGUUUAUUUUCAUAUAUGACAAAGAAAAAGCAUCAAAUUCUCACAUUUGAGUUCCUGAAAUCAGCAAAUAUUUGACAGUUUAUUUUUCUGUGGAUCGACUUAUCGUUGCAGCUCUUGUUCAGAAACAGUGCUUCUCCUACAAACACCAGAAUUACCAUCAUUCAUCAUGACAUCAUUAUGUAAUAGGGAACAGAUUUUCUGCUACAUCUCGACACACUGGCAGCUUAUCGAUCUCAAAUUAUAACCAAAUAAUCAUCGAUACAAUCCCAUUAAAAAGGACCUUCAGUCGUCGUUACCCAGGUAUUUAUCUUGCGAUGCCCAGCCCUCGAGGGAGCCGCCUCCCAUGGCCUCGCAGUAUAGUUUAAUACAGACGAAGCCUUCAGGUUUCAUCACUUGGACCAAACCAACGUGCCUGGUCGGUGGGGUGAGGGUGGAGGACUUGGAGGAGGAGGAGGAGGAGGAGGAGGAGGAGCUGACGGGCUCUGUACUGCUAACUGUGCUAGCCACAUGUCACCAGAACCAAACCUAAGCUGCUAUAAGAAAACACAUUUAUUUAAGAUUUCAUCAGAUACAUUAUAGGCUAUAUAUUGAUACAGAGAGACUAAGAGGAUAUGGUAUUUUACUGCACUUAAAAGAAAACGCAUGUGUUUUAAGGUCGAACAGUCACGAUGCUGAGAUGUUUGCUUCUCGUUUUGCCUUCAGUUGAAGCAUUUUAAUUCUAAGAAUAUCAGAACAGAUGGUUUCCCCCCCCCCCCUUCGGUGUUUGUUGUCACGUUGAAGCUGUUUCUUAAUGUCAGACAUUACCAGCAUUUGAUUUUACUUGAAGAAAAUUAGUCGUGGGCAUGUUUGACAUUGUUGGCUAGUGCUCUGCUUGUUUUUGUUUUUUUUUUGGAAAGUUUAUAUAUCGAGCCUUAUUACAGUAAUCUCUCUUUCCACUCAUAACGCCACGUACAGUAAAUAAAAACCUCUGGAGCCCGUGGGCGGGGCUUUGUGUCUUACAGCGCUGGACAUCAGAUGCCUUUUUUUUCCUCAACAGUAAAAAGCAUUUUUAAAGUCUGAAGUGAGAUAUAUUUAUAUGUAAAGAUAUUGAUGUAAUGCACACACCACUUAUUUUUUCUAACAAAAAAAAAGUCCUAUUUGAAGCAGAAAGCGUGAUUAGCUGUAGUGAAAAUAUGGCGUUUAAUAACCGUAGUGGUCUGUGCUAAUUCUUUUUCCAAAUUUGAUAAUAAUGCAAUAGGUUUUACUCGUGUGAAAAGCAAAAAAAAAAAAAACACGGUUUGCGUUUGCUGCAUCGACCUGCUUUUGUGGGAGACUGUCGGGGGUUGUUUUUGUCAUGUAAGUGAUCUGAUGAACCAUCAACCCUCCUCUGCAAAAGACCUGUGAAGACCUCCCUCUACUGUUGUUUUUAUCAUCUCAAAUUUAAAAAAAGAAGCUCAUCGAAGACGUGAGAGACUGAAUUUUGAUGGAGACGUUUCUUAAUUCAUGUGCUGCAUCAAAGAUUAUUCUUUUUUUUUAUUUUUAUUUUUUAUUCUUUUUGCGUAUUCAUGAGCAGAGGAGGGUUGAAAGUUCAUCUUCGGACCCGGUGUUGUCCGUUAACAGACUGUGCCUUUCCUGAUGGUGCUGAAGAAAAAAAAAAAAACAACAACAACAAAAAAAAACUAAAAAUCAAAGAAAUCUUAACUUUCAGAAAGGGCGCCGAGGCCCGAGUCUACAUUGAUAAGUAUAUAUUGAUACAUGACAAUACUGUAAGGUGUGAUUGUGUUUGUGUGUGUGUGUGUGUGAGAGUGUUUGUGUGUGUGUGUGUGUGUGUGAGAGUGUGUGUGUACCUCUGACAUAUGCCAAGAACACAAAAUAUGCAGAACUGAUCAGUUGUGGAGCUGACCGGACCAAAAGGCCUGUGGGGAUCGGUUUAGUAGACGGGCACUCACAAGCACAACCCAAAAACUAACAUUUCUGAAGAAUUAAGAAUAAUAAUAAUGAUAAUAAUAAUAAUAGGGGAACACUCAUGACUCUGUAGGUAACGAGUAGCUCAGUGUAGACAUUAUGUAGCAAUAUUUAUUUAACUUUAUUUCUGUCGGGAUGCCUCCCGUACUGCCUGUAAACACAUUUUCCUCUUCUUUUUUUUUUUUAUUUACUUGUUCAUUCUUGAAUGGACGGCAAUAAUGAAGCAAAGUUUCUGUGCAAUCAGUUCGUCUGGCCUUCCCUCACUGUAUGCAUGUCACUAUCUAACACCUUCUCCCCCCCCCACACCACACACACACACACACACACUUUUUACGAUUUUUAUCUUCCAAUGUGAAAUUUAGACGUUUACAGACUUGGGAUAGUUCUUCGGUUGAGUUUUUACUCCACGAGUGCCCGUUUCCCAUGUUAAGGGAUUCCCCACAAUAAUAAAUCUUUAAACCUCUGUGGUUGGCUGCAUAUCAUACUCAAAAAGAAAAAUAAUGUUUGGGUUUCACAGUAUAUUAAUGUGCUUUUUUUUUUUUUUUUUUGUUGGUUUUUUUUUUGCCUGAUUAUUAAAUGGUGACACUUUUAGAAGUAAAAACUGUAUGUCAAGACCUUUUUUUUUUUUUUGUCUUAACACUCAUCUGAUCCUGGUCCUAAGUUGAGCCUUUUUAUUUGGUUGUCAUAUUUAAUUUUUUUGAAUAAAUACUCUAUGUAUGAAA